UUCCUCCACUUUUACCAACCUGUCAAAUCAUCGAGGGGCGGAGGGAUUACGGUUGGACCAGGUUUGGUUGCCGAGGAAACGGACUAUUGUCCCAUCGCGAUAGGUGCUUUCAGCUGAUGCAAAGACUGCCCGCGGACAGUGAAGUGAUACUUUUAUAAAACAUACUUGAAUUCUUAUCACAUGUUCGUUGAGGACUAUUGAGUUACGUCGGUUAUUACUGUAGAAUCAGCGGGAUGUCUGGAAGGCCACAUUGUAGCGAGUUGCUGGACGUCGACCCAGACGAUGCUUCUGAAGAGCUGACAGAGGUGGUGUGUCUGGAGUCAGAACUAAAGGACGGACAGAUGAUGGAGGUGGAGGUGGGACGUCACAAUGUUCUGUUGGUACGGAGUGAAGGCAUAUACAGCGCCAUCGGCAACCAGUGUACACACUACGGAGCUCCCUUGAGCAAAGGGGUUCUAUCGGGACACAGGGUGCGCUGCCCGUGGCACGGUGCCUGCUUCAACAUCCAGACAGGAGACCUGGAGGAAUUCCCUGGCAUGGACUGUCUACCCUGUCACACGGUGAAAGUCGAAAACAACAAAGUGUAUGUGUCCGUAAACAAAAAGGCAGCGAGACAGACCAAACGAAUAAAGAGUAUGUGCUCCAGAGUAGAAGGAGUCAUCCACACCAUCCUACUGCUCGGGGGAGGGUCUGCGUCGUUAGUGUGUGCAGAGACUCUGAGACAGGAGAACUUUGGAGGCAGAAUCAUCAUGGUAUCCAGGGACAACCUUCUGCCCUAUGACAAAACACGACUCAGCAAGGUGAUGAAUGUGGAGAGUGACAGCAUUUUGCUGAGGAGGAUGGAGUUCUUCCAUAAAUACGACAUCGAGGUGUGGCUCCUCAAAGAGGCCAUGUCGUUGGACACCAAGAAGAAGAAAGUAACAUUUGAUGACGGUUCAGUCCAGAGAUACGACCAGCUCCUCAUAUCCACAGGCUGCAGAGCGAAGGGUCUGGAGUGUCCAGGUAAAGACCUGGAGAAUGUAAAGAUGCUGGAGACACCAGAGGAUGCCAGGCAGAUCCAUGUUGCCUGUAUGGGCUGUCAUAUCGUCAUCGUGGGGACAUCCUUCGUUGGCAUGGAGGUGGCAUCCUAUAUGACAGACAAGGCCUCCAGCGUCACAGUGAUUGGCAGCAGUGAGCUGCCCUACCAGAAGACCCUGGGCCCUGAGAUCGGCAAGGUCACUAUGAUGAUGCUUGCAGAGAAGGAUGUGGCGUUCUAUAUGAAUGACAAUGUGACAGAGGUCCGCGGAGAGAACGGCAAGGUAAAAGAGGUUGUGCUGAAGAGUGGGACAGUCAUUCCUGCUGAUGUUUUAAUCGUUGGUAUCGGUGUGAUCCCUAACUCAGAGUUCCUGCAGGGUACUCCCAUAGCGAUGGACUCUAAGAGCUCAGUCAUCGUGGACAAGUGCAUGAGGACCAAUGUUCUUGAAGUGUUCUGUGGAGGAGACCUGGCUACCUUUCCCCUGACCAUGGCCAAAGACCAGAGGGUCAAUAUAGGACACUGGCAGAUGGCACAGGCACACGGGAGAGUAGCAGCCCUGAACAUGCUGAAUAUACCCACUGAACUCAACUCUGUCCCUUACUACUGGACCGUCCUACUGGGGAAGAACAUCAGAUACACAGGCUAUGGGGAAGGAUACACUGACAUCGUAGUAAAAGGGAAAGUGGAGGAACAAAAGUUCCUGGCCUUUUAUAUCAAGGAUGAUGAGGUAAUAGCAGCAGCCAGUCUGAACUAUGACCCAGCUGUUUCUGCUGUGGCCGAGAGGUUCGCUGCAGGAAACGUCAUCACUAAGAAAGAGGCUGAAUCAGAUGACCUGAGGUGGCUGAAGCUGAAACUGUCCUGAUCAUCCCUCCUUCCACUCAUCCGCCUCAUCAUCACUUCAUCUCCGACACACACACACAGAAUGUCCCCCCUCUGUCCAUCCCUCCCUCCUCCUCAGGCAUCCCUCCUUAUCCCCUCUCUCUUCCCCCUCUUCUGGAGAACAGGUCAUCUGGCUGGAGGCUCGACAGACACACAAGAGACCUAUCAGAAGAGGACAACGUGACGUUGCUGAGUUAUAACCAGUAGUGUAGUGGAGUGUAAUCGCAUGUAAACGCCGUUUAUGCACCUUUUUUUAUUUUGUGCGAGCGUUUACUCACCUUUUGCGGAAAAUUCAUAGAAAGUGUACAGAGCGUUACUUUACUCAACUGAGAACGGCGAUCAGCGUUUACCCACCUAUUUUGUUUUACCACAACAUCACUGGUUAUAACAUCAGACAGGGCGAAACUCAACAGUUUGUCUGUUCUGUUCUUUGCCAGUUUGUUUAGAGGUGGGGGGGAGGGGGGACAGAAAAACCAGAGAUACCUCAGACAAACAGAUUUUGUGGGUUUCACAUUUUUCAUUCACAAGGAUGAGUUUUAUAUGUUCUCCGUUUUGGGGAAACUACACGAUCAUGAUGUCACCAAUGUCCUCCUGUUGAUGUAGAUAUCUCUUACUUCACAUUCUGAAAAUGGAGAAGAGAUGACUGUAUGUGUUCUACUGUCGAUAUGGUAGUCAUGGUAGCUACCCACUGGGCACACACUGGUUGAAUCAAUGCUGGUCAAAAUGAGAUGAAAAUAGUACUGGUUGAUGAUUUUUUUCAAAUCCAAUGUAUUUUCCACAUUGAUUCCACAUCAAAAUACGUUGAGAAAUUAUGUUGAAACAACGUUGAUUCAACCAGUGUGUGCCCAGUGGGUAGUGUUCUACUGUCGACAUGUUAGUGACAUCAUAGCUAAGUAGUCAUGGUAGUUAGUGUUAUACUGUUGACACGGUAGCAACAUGAUGACAUGCCAGGUUGGAAGUCAUGGUAGCUAGUGUUCUACUGUCGAAACUGUGGUCACAUGACAGGUUGGUAGUCAUGGAAGCUAGUGUUGUACUGUCAAAAAUAAACCAGUGGUGGUGG